CAUAGAUCGUCAGUAGAAAAACUUCUUGAAGUUGUUUAAGAAAAAUGUGAAAGUAGCAAAAAAGAAAACAAAGAGACUGACAGCAGAUACAGAGGACAGCAUGGAAGUUUCACUUCGUUAAUUCAUUUUAUAAAUCCAUUCAGCAAAACUUUGUUGAACACCUACUCUGUGCCAAGUAUUGUCCUAGACAACAGAACAUAGCAGUGAACAAAACAGACAAAACCACCUGCUCAUAUGCAACUACAGCCAGUGAUGUCUCCCAGCUUCAAUGUAUUUAGAGUUGGGAUUUCUUUUGUCAUAACAUACAAUUUUUACAAGUCAACAGUAGACUCUUUACCAGAACUGAGUCCUCAGAAAUAUUUCAGUACAUUGCAACCGGGAAAAGCCUCUUUAGCUUAUUUUUGUCAAGCUGAUUCUCCCAGUACAUCUGUAUUUCUUGAAGAACUGAAUAAGGCUGUUGGACCUCUCCAGGACUAUGGAAUUUCAGUUGCAAAGGUUAAUUGUGUCAAAGAAGAAAUGUCAAGAUACUGUGGAAAAGAAAAGGAUUCGAUGAAAGCAUAUUUAUUCAGAGGCAACAUAUUGCUCAGAGAAUUCCCUGCUGACACCUUGUUUGAUGUGAAUGCCAUCGUUGCUCAUGUUCUCUUUGCUCUUCUUUUUAAUGAAGUAAAAUAUAUUACCACCCUGGAAGACCUGCAGAACAUAGAAAAUGCUCUGAAAGGAAAGGAAAAUAUUGUAUUCUCGUAUGUAAGAGCCAUUGGAAUACCAGAGCACAGAGCAGUCAUGGAAGCUGCUUUUGUGUAUGGGACCAUAUACCAAUUUGUCUUAACCACAGAAAUUGCCCUUUUGGAAAGUAUUGGCUCUGAGGAUAUAGAAUAUGCACAUCUCUACUUUUUUCAUUGUAAACUAGUCUUGGACUUGACCCAGCAAUGUAGAAGAACUCUAAUGGAACAACCAUUGACUACCCUGAACAUUCACCUAUUUAUUAAGAUAAUGAAAGCACCUCUGUUGACUGAAGUUGCUGAAGAUCCUCAACAAGUUUCAACCGUUCACCUCCAACUAGGAUUACCACUGGUUUUUAUCGUUAGCCAACAAGCUACAUAUGAAGCUGAUAGAAGAACUGCAGAAUGGGUUGCUUGGCGUCUUCUGGGAAAAGCAGGAGUUCUACUCUUGUUAAGGGAUUCUUUGGAAGUGAACAUUCCUCAGCAUGCCAAUGUGAUCUUCAAAAGAGCAGAAAAGGGAGUACCAUUGGAAUUUUUGGUGUUACAUGAUGUUGAAUCAAUAAUAUCCCAUGUGGAAAAUAAUAUGCACAUUGAAGAAAUACAAGAAGAUGAAGAUGAUGACAUGGAAGAUCCAGAUAUGGAUGUUCAAGAUGAUGAAGUGGCAGAAACUGUUUACAGAGAUAGGAAGAGACAAUUACCUCUGGAACUGACAGUGGAACUAACAGAAGAGACAUUUAAUGUGACAGUAAUGGCUUCUGACAGCUUAGUGCUCUUCUAUGCUGGUUGGCAAGCAGUAUCCAUGGCAUUUCUGCAAUCCUAUAUUGAUGUGGCAAUUAAAUUGAAAGGCACAUCCACUAUGCUGCUUACUAGAGUAAACUGUGCAGAUUGGUCUGGUGUAUGUACUAAGCAAAAUGUUACUGAAUUUCCUGUUGUAAAGAUGUACAAGGAGGGCAGGAAUCCAGUGUCUUAUGCUGGCAUGUUAGGAACUGAAGAUCUCCUAAAAUUUAUACAGCUCAAUAGGAUUUCAUGUCCGGUGAUCAUAACGUCAGUCCAAGAAGCAGAAGAAUAUUUAAGUGGGGAGUUAUAUAAAGAUCUGAUCUCCUAUUCUCGUGUGUCAGUACUGGGACUAUUUAGUCCAACCAUGACAACAGCAAAAGAAGAUUUCACGGAAGCAGGAAAGCAUCUAAAAGGAUAUGUCAUCACUGGAAUUUAUUCUGAAGAAGAUGUUUUGAUACUGUCAACUAAAUAUGCUGCAACUCUUCCAGCCCUGCUGCUUGCCAGACAUGAAGAAGGCAAAAUAGAGAGCAUUCUACUAGCUAGCACUCAUGUGCAAGACAUAGUUCAAAUAAUAACAAAUGCAUUAUUGGGAACAUUUCCAGAAAUCACUGUGGAAAAUCUACCUACUUAUUUAAGACUUCAGAAACCAUUACUGAUUUUGUUCAGUGAUGGCAGCAUAAAUCCUCAGUAUGAAAAAGCAAUAUUGACACUGGCAAAGCUGAAAUACUUGGAUAAGUUUACUCCUUGUUGGUUAAAUCUAAAGAAUACUCCUGUGGGGAGAGGAAUCUUGCAGGCAUAUUUUGACCUUGUGCCUCCCCUUCCUCUUCUUGUUUUGGUGAAUCUGCAUUCAGGUGGCCAAGUAUUUGCAUUUCCUUCAGACCAGGCUAUAACUGAACUAAACCUUGUAUCAUGGCUUAAGAAAUUAGAAGCAGGACUAGAAAAUCCUAUCACAAUUUUACCUGGUCAGGAAUGGAAACCUCCUCUUCCAGCUUAUGAUUUUCUAAGUAUGAUGGAUGCUGCAUCUCAACAUCCCACUAGGAAAGUUCCUGAGUGUAUGAAAGAAAUAGAUGUGCAGGAGAUUGAUAAGGAACAACAUGAAGAUAAAUCAGCAACCAGGAAACAACCGAUUGAAGCAUUGAGAAUAAAGCAUUGGAAUAGAAGCAAUUGGUUUAAAGAAGCAGAAAAAUCAUUCAGGCGUCAUAAAGAGUUAUGAUGCUCACAAGGGAGCUGAUUUCAUAGGGCUGUGCUUUCCAAGGUCUUUUCAGCUUGACAAACUUAAGAAUUUAUUUGAUUAAAGAAUAAUACAAAAUCA